UAUUAAAGGAUCCCCGGUAUCACGAUUCCCUUUGCGGUCCAUAUUAGAUGAAUUGUUAAACCGCGCUGAUCGGUUUGUAUUUUGUGAUUGGUAUAUUCCUCGUUCUGUGGGAGACAGACCCGUUCAGACACUGAGGGAGAGCAGAGAGGAGAUUUGGAGUGGCUGGUAACGGCUCUCACCUGAAGAGCAGAAAGGACACUGAGGAGACGGUCAGAGCGAGUGACUAGAGCACUAGAGCCGUGCUGCACAUCCCACUGACAAUACCUGAAGACUGCCUUAUCCUGGUGAAAGCCAAGGAACAAAGAUGGAGUUGGUACCUAUCUGCAUUAAACAGGAGAUGCCUGAACUGCAGCCUGUCCACAUGAAAGAAGAGACUGAACUGGAGCCUGUCCACAUGAAAGAAGAGACUGAACUGGAGCCUGUCCACAUGAAAGAAGAGACUGAACUGGAGUCUGUCCACAUUAAAGAAGAGACUGAACUGGGGCCUGUCCACAUUAAAGAAGAGACUGAACUGGAGCCUGUCCACAUUAAAGAAGAGACUGAACUGGAGCCUGUCCACAUUAAAGAAGAAGAGACUGAACUGGAGCCUGUCCACAUUAAAGAAGAAGAGACUGAACUGGAGCCUGUCCACAUUAAAGAGGAAGAGACUGAACUGGAGCCUGUCCACAUUAAAGAAGAGACUGAACUGGAGCCUGUGCACAUGAAAGAGGAGACUGAACUGGAGCCUGUCCACAUUAAAGAAGAAGAGACUGAACUGGAGCCUGUCCACAUUAAAGAGGAAGAGGCUGAACUGGAGCCUGUCCACAUUAAAGAAGAGACUGAACUGGAGCCUGUGCACAUGAAAGAGGAGACUGAACUGGAGCCUGUCCACAUUAAAGAAGAGGCUGAACUGGAGCCUGUCCACAUUAAAGAAGAGACUGAACUGGAGCCUGUCCACAUUAAAGAAGAGACUGAACUGGAGCCUGUCCACAUUGAAGGGGAAUCUGUUGACUUGUUUAAGGAUACAGAAAAUAUAUCCUGGCCAAAGAUAUUACAUCAGUGUAAUAAAUGUGGGCAGAGCUUCAGCAAGCCAGGAAGCCUAAAAACACACCAGCAGAGUCACACUGGAGAGAAGCCGCACCACUGUACUGAAUGUGGAAAGAGCUUCCGUGAGUUAGCAGUCCUAAAAAGACACCAGCGACUUCACACUGGAGAGAAGCCGUAUCAAUGUACUGUAUGUGGGAAGUGCUUCAAUGCGUCAGGAAGCCUAAAAAGACACCAGCGACUUCACACUGGAGAGAAGCCAUAUCAAUGUACUGAAUGUGGGAAAAGCUUCACUGAGAAAGGAAAACUAAACAAACACCAGCGAAUUCACACUGGAGAGAAGCCGUAUCAAUGUACUGAAUGUGGGAAGAGCUUUAGUGCGUCAGGAAACCUAAAAAAACACCAGCGAAUUCACACUGGAGAGAAGCCGUAUCAAUGUACUGAAUGUGGAAAGCGCUUCACUGACAAAGGAACUCGAAACAAACACCAGCUAAUUCACACUGGAGAGAAGCUGUAUCAGUGUAUUGAAUGUGGGAAGAGUUUCACUGUGUUAGGAAGCCUAAAAAGACACCAUCGAUUUCACACUAGAGAGAAGCCGUAUCAAUGUACUGAAUGUGGAAAGCGCUUCACUGAGAAAGGAACACUAAACAAACACCAGCGAAUUCACACUGGAGAGAAGCCGUAUCAAUGUACUGAAUGUGGGAAGUGCUUCAAUGCGUCAGGAAACCUAAAAACACACCAGCGACUUCACACUAGAGAGAAGCCGUAUCAAUGUACUGAAUGUGGAAAGCGCUUCAUUGACAAAGGAACACUAAACAAACACCAGCGAAUUCACACUGGAGAGAAGCCGUAUCAAUGUACUGAAUGUGGGAAGUGCUUCAAUGCGUCAGGAAACCUAAAAACACACCAGCGACUUCACACUAGAGAGAAGCCAUAUCAAUGUAUUGAAUGUGGAGAGAGCUUCACUAACAAAGGAAAACUAGAAAAACAUCAGAGAAUUCACACCGGAGAGAAGCCACACCACUGUACUGACUGUGGGAAGAGCUUCAAUGUGUCAGGAAAACUAAAAAUACACCAGCGCAUUCACACUGGAGAGAAGCCAUAUCAAUGUAUUGAAUGUGGAAAGAGCUUCACUGACAAAGAAAAAUUAAAAAAACACCAGCGAAUUCACACUGGAGAGAAGCCGUAUCACUGUGUUGAAUGUGGAGAGAGCUUCAGUGAGUCAGGAAACCUAAAUAAACACCAGCGCAGUCACACUGGAGAGAAGCCGUAUCACUGUGUUGAAUGUGGGGAGAGCUUUAGGCAGUCAGGAACACUAAAAGAACACCAGCGCAUUCACACUGGAGAGAAGCCGUAUCAUUGUGUUGAAUGUGGGGAGAGCUUUAGGCAGUCAGGAACACUAAAAACACACCAGCGCAGUCACACUGGAGAGAAGCCGUAUCAUUGUGUUGAAUGUGGGGAGAGCUUUAGGCAGUCAGGAACACUAAAAACACACCAGCGCAGUCACACUGGAGAGAAGCCGUAUCACUGUCUUGAAUGUGGGGAGAGCUUUAGGCAGUCAGGAACACUAAAAACACACCAGCGAAUUCACACUGGAUCCAGCCUCCCUCCUCUCCCAGUCCCUCACCUCUCCACCCUGCUUGCUUGAGUGUGUGGAGAGCUGUCUGAUUCCUUGUCUCUCUCUCUCACCCUGCAGUAAAUGAAGGGGGUCCCCAGGAGUGAGCCAGCCUGAAUCCAGAGACACAGAGAAGAGGAGCGUGUCAAACUGAAGGAGACAGACCCAUUCUUUCAGAAUGAACUGCAUUGGAAAUUAAUCUCACUUAUCAUGCUGUGAGGAUUUAUGCCAAGCUUGUUUCUGUGAACACAUUAAACAACGUUGCCGAUAACACAUCAUAUUUUUAAAAUACCAUUACUGUACCAGUGUCGGUGAGAACAGAAGUGAAUUAUUUAUAAGAAACUAAAACUAAAAAUCUCUUCAUGGGUGUGGCAGCAGUGUGCCCUUCAUAUUACUAGAAUGGCCUGUAAGCUAUUGCACCAGUGCAAGCACAAGCUGAAACAACCUUUUUUUCUUUUUUUUUUAUUUCACGUGGUGCAAACUUUGCACUGGAGCAAGUGCUGUUUUGGGUUUGAAUGAACUUGACUGCUUUGAGUGUUUAAAGGGCACAUACAGACCUUUUAUUUUAUUGUGUUACAUGUUCCCAUGUGUUUACGUAAGGUGUUUAUUGUUUUCAUUUUUUUAUACAUUUUGACCACUUUUUUAAACUUUUAAAUUGCAUUCCCUGCCUCAAGAUGGCUUCCCAUGUACCUACAUGGACCUCUCAGAACUACAUUUCCCAUCAUCCUCCUCCUGCUCACAUAUGUAACUGAGAUGAAUUUACCAGUGAGCAGGAGGAUGAUGGGAAAUGUAGUUCUGAGAGGUCCUUGAGGCAGUGAAUGCAAUUUAAAAGUUUAAAAAAGUGGACAAAAUAUAAAAAUAAAACAACAAAUUAAACAAUAUGCACACCUUCUGUAAGCAGUUGUAGACACAUGGGAACAUGCGACACAAUCAAAUAAAAAGGUCCUUAUGCACCCUUUAAGUACUGAGAACCUCCAAGCUUGUUGUAUACUGGAGCCCUGCUUCAAUGCAGUGGGAUUGAAAUACAAUUCCUAUCAUUUUUAUUGUGUAAAUUGCUGUGUGUGCAAUUAUGACAGACCCACAAUAUCAGAGCUGUAUAAAUAUACUGUAAAGCAUGAAAGGUUUGCAAGUAAAAGAGUCAUAAAAGUUGCAUUUACUCAAAUCUGCAAUACAUACAUGCUACAACAUUACCAUCAUUACUACAUUCAUAGUUAUACAGUUUAUGAAUAAUUGAUAUAAACAAUCUGCAGAGUGAAGUUGCCUCAGACUGUUUGACAGAAAGAUAGCUGGUGCUUUUGUGGAAUCACCAUUAGCUGUUUAUUCCUUUUGGGCAAAAUAUGGCUUGUUUGCUUGUAUUUUGUAUCAGUAUGAUAUCAUUAGAGUGACAAUGCAGUACAUCCAAAGGCAGGCUUAGUUAUUUAUAAAGGAUUUCAUUGACGUUGAGUUUGAGUUCCUGUAUGUUUUCCAGUAUCUGUGUGUAUAAAGGGCACAUUAUUAUGUUUCCAUUACCUCUGUGUGUAAAAGGUUUGUCAUUGUUUAAACUGUUAAUGAUUCCUGAGAUACAGAUCUGCAGUGGAACUGAACAAACCCAAGAGAGACAUUGAAAAAGGGGAAGAUGCUGCUGUUUGUGGUGAAUAUUCCCUGAAGAUGAUAUUAAUACAUGAAAGUGUAUUAUAAAUGUAACUGGACAGAUUAAUGCAAUCUCUGUGUCUUGAAGAAAAAGGGCUCCUUUCCUGCAGACACACUGAACUGUGUGACCCCUGAACUAGGUGAGCAGGACUGGGUGGCAUCUGGACUGGAUUAGGCUAAAAGGACAGUUGAAUUCUGUACAGAUAAUUCACAGCGGCAACAAGAAGCGGUUUGACGCGAGGAAGACAUAAAGCAUCGAUGUCCUAGCGGAAAAGGACAUUAAACAUCAAAGGACUGAGUUUUAAGGUGCAAGAUGAACAAAUGACCAAUGCAGAUAGCAACCUAGCAUAGAGAAAUGCUAUAAAUAUUCAAGCAAAACUAAACAUGUUGUGCUCCACUUUGAUUGCUAAACUAAUUGCUGUCACUCUGUUAUGCCAAGCUGCAACUCCAGGACUGUGACUGAGAACACGACCCAAAAAGGGAAGGCAAGCUAGUAAACGAGCAAAUGCAGAGAGACUGAGUUUGCUGUAAGCCAGUAUAGUUCCAGUUGCGUUUUCCUCUCAUGAAACUAAAUUAAUUAAUUGUAACACUAUCACGUACAAUUGAAAUGUUAAUUGUUUAGUUUGCACACCUUGUGUGUGAAAUAACGUUUUAGUGAAACUUGAUUAAGUAACUAUAAGUAAUCUAUCUCAUAGUUGGAUGAAGAAUGUAUUUUAAAGUAAUCUUGCUAUAUCGUUAAACAAUUUACUAUUAGUAAGCUUUAGUGUGAUCUAUUGUAAGAUUGUCUGACCCAUUUCAGUUUAGGCUGUAUGUGUGUGUGUGAGUGUAAGCAGUGUCAUAUUUCACUGGCCCUGCUAGCUGCUUUAACGCAGGCUGAGAGCUUUGACUUUAUGACUGUUAUGCUUAGAAAACCAAGAGAUUGACUUAAUGACUUUUGUGAUUUCUGUUUAAUAUUUGUGCUCUGAAUACAAUACUACUAUUGAUGAAACAUUCCUUGUGUCUAGAGUGUGUAUGUGGGUUCAUAGUAAAUCCUCAAUCGUGUAAAACAUCAAAUAGGUUUUAUAAGAGAACUAAUCAAUCUAGAUAAAACUCUAAACUCUCAAUUAUAGAAUUGUUCUUAGAGGCUUUGUGAAAUGAGAAAUGGGAUUACCUCUGUGUCAUGGAAUUCCUUUGCUAGUGUAUCAUGAUGUAAGCCCUGGAGUGUGGGCUCAGUCUUCAUGAAAUGAGAAAUGGAAUUCCUUUGCUAGUGUAUCAUGAUGUAAGCCCUGGAGUGUGGGCUCAGUCUUCAUGAAAUGAGAAAUGGAAUUCCUUUGCUAGUGUCUCAUGAUGUAAGCCCUGGAGUGUGGGCUCAGUCUUCAUGAAAUGAGAAAUGGAAUUCCUUUGCUAGUGUAUCAUGAUGUAAGCCCUGGAGUGUGGGCUCAGUCUUCAUGAAAUGAGAAAUGGAAUUCCUUUGCUAGUGUGUCAUGAUAUAACCCUGGAGUGUGUGCUCAGUCUUCAUGAAAUGAGAAAUGGGAUUCCCUCUGUAUCAUGGAAUUCCUUUGCUAGUGUCUCAUGAUGUAAGCCCUGGAGUGUGGGCUCAGUCUUCAUUAAAUGAGAAAUGGAAUUCCUUUGCUAGUGUCUCAUGAUGUAAGCCCUGGAGUGUGGGCUCAGUCUUCAUGAAAUGAGAAAUGUGAUUCCUUUGCUAGUGUAUCAUGAUGUAAGCCCUGGAGUGUGGGCUCAGUCUUCAUGAAAUGAGAAAUGGAAUUCCUUUGCUAGUGUCUCAUGAUGUAAGCCCUGGAGUGUGGGCUCAGUCUUCAUGAAAUGAGAAAAGGAAUUCCUUUGCUAGUGUCUCAUGAUGUAAGCCCUGGAGUGUGGGCUCAGUCUUCAUGAAAUGAGAAAUGGGAUUCCUUUGCUAGUGUCUCAUGAUGUAAGCCCUGGAGUGUGGGCUCAGUCUUCAUGAAAUGAGAAAUGGAAUUCCUUUGCUAGUGUAUCAUGAUGUAAGCCCUGGAGUGUGGGCUCAGUCUUCAUGAAAUGAGAAAUGGGAUUCCCUCUGUAUCAUGGAAUUCCUUUGCUAGUGUAUCAUGAUGUAAGCCCUGGAGUGUGGGCUCAGUCCUCAUGAAAUGAGAAAUGGAAUUCCUUUGCUAGUGUCUCAUGAUGUAAGUCCUGGAGUGUGGGCUCAGUCUUCAUGAAAUGAGAAAUGGAAUUCCUUUGCUAGUGUAUCAUGAUGUAAGCCCUGGAGU